CCCUAGCGGCGGCCGCCAUGUUAGUUUAGGCCCUUGUCCGGAGAACGCAGGAAGGAAUAAGCGGAAGAAUCUUCAACCCCCCCGGGCGCCAACAAUCCGCAUCCAUCCGGCGGGAGAGUCACCAUGAGCGGCGGGACGCCGUACAUCGGCAGCAAGAUCAGCCUCAUCUCCAAGGCGGAGAUCCGGUAUGAGGGCAUCCUGUACACCAUCGACACCGAGAACUCCACCGUGGCCUUGGCCAAAGUGCGGUCCUUUGGAACAGAAGAUCGACCCACCGAGCGGCCGGUUCCUCCUCGAGAUGAAGUGUUUGAAUAUAUCAUAUUCCGGGGGAGCGACAUCAAGGACCUCACUGUGUGUGAACCCCCCAAACCUCAGUGCUCCUUGCCUCAAGACCCUGCAAUAGUCCAGUCCUCUCUAGGAUCCAGUACUUCAGCGUCGUUGAGCGGUGUGAACUCCUACGCCCCGUUCAGCAGGAUGCCGGCAUAUAACCAGUUUAACGCCAAUCCUCUGGUGGCCCAGCAGUUUGGAUCGGUUGGAGUCGGAAACUCUUUGAGCUCCGUAGGUGCUGGCGGUACAACCGGUGCUUCUCUACCCCUGGCUAGCAGUGACGGCUCUUCAUUUAAUCAAGAAACGAGAAAAAUGCAGUCCUCUCAAGGGCGAACAACCCCUUUGGUAGAUUCUUUGCGGAAGAGCCCAACACUAGAACAAGGUGUCCAAACUGCAUCCAUUGCCCAGGCACCAGGGGCGGUGGGUAGAAGAAGUCCUUUAAGUUCUAGAGCUUUGCCAUCCCUAAGCCAAAAGACAUUGGAUAAUUCAGAGCAAAGAAAAGCUGAUGCACACAAAUCCUCAAGGCCUGACACAGACCUGCUCAGGAACGACAGACACGACCCCAACAAGAGACAAGCUGCUCUUGGUGGACCUCAGCCCAGGAGAGGUCGUGGUGGUCACCGAGGGGGCCGUGGAAGGUAUAGUGUAAGAAGAGACGGCCCUAUGAAGUUUGAAAAAGACUUUGACUUUGAAAGUGCUAAUGCACAGUUCAACAAAGAAGAAAUCGACAGGGAAUUUCACAAUAAGUUAAAAAUAAAAGAAAAAACAGAAAAAACAGAAAAACCAGAGAAGCCAGUGAAUGGGGAAGAUAAAGCAGACUCUGGGGUGGACACUCAGAACAGUGAAGGAAACGCCGAGGAGGAGGAAGCGCCGACGAGCUGUUACUACGACAAAACCAAAUCUUUCUUCGACAACAUCUCCUGUGAUGAUAACCGAGACCGAAGAUCAACAUGGGCAGAAGAAAGGAGGCUUAACGCAGAGACAUUUGGACUUCCUCUGCGUUCAAACAGAGGACGUGGGGGUUACCGAGGUAGAGGCGGUGGAGUAGGAGGGGGUAUGGGUUACCGUGGAGGCAGAGGCCGUGGAGGUGAAAGGAGAGGCCCCCCUCCAGGAAGCAACUUUGGGGCUCCCCGAGGAUAUCGUGGUGGAUUCAGCAGAGGACGUGGAGGACGAGAAUUUUCAGACUAUGAAUACAGGAAAGACAACAAGGUGGCCGCCUAGUCGAGAACGGAGGGUGUGCGUUUUUUUUUUUUUAAGUUUUUGGUCACACUCUGGAAAACUUGUUUUCAGUCUUUGGUGAAGAAUGACGUUUCUUGCUGUAUAUCUCGUCACCAGCACUGGGGGAGGUGGGGGUCGGAUGCUUUACGGCGCUUCUUCAGUGCAGUGGGGCCCUGCCGGAAAUUGUCCUUUUUUUUUUUUUUUUUUUUUUUUUUUUUUUUCCCCUUAUUAUUUUUAUAUUCGGAGGUCCCUGCAACACUAAAGGACGGGUGGCAGAGAAAAAAAAGUCGUUAAGUUGGUUCAGCAUUAUCUCUUUGCAGUAGAAGACUGAAGUCAUUUGGGUAUGAAUAUUCUGAUGCAUUUUUACGAAGUACUGUUUCCUUGCUGCGAGAAUAGUUCAAUCUCUGAGCUCUGAUGCCCUGAAGGGUCCUAUUUUUUUGUUUUUUUAUAUUGUGUAAAAGGGUGCGUGACCCCCUCCACCCCUUCUCCAGAUAGCAGCACAUUUAGUUGGACAAAGAGACUAAUCUUACUUCAGUUCCUUAGGCGAAGGAAACUUUUUUUAUAUUGUCGUGAGAUUGAGUUUAUCCCACUGCCAAAGAGAUCCCCCCCCCCCUCCCCGAGCUUUGUAUAGGUGUAAAAACAAAAUCCUAGUUUGUACCCAGAGUCUAAUGGUCUGUACGAGACCACCUCGCAUCUUUCUUCUACCUGAAGCUUCCAUUAGAUGUAAAGUUAUUUUUUUUUUUCUUCUUUAUAGGCAGAGAGUAAAUGCGUAUUUUGAAAGUGUCGCAACGUUAAACUUUACCAGUUUUGGAACUUUUAACUCAUUGUGCACAGAAUUAGCUUAUGGUGCAGGGGCGGGAGUCAUGUGUCGGGCACUUUAAUUAGGUUUUCUGCAUCGCUUUGAACCACGCGCCUCUGUCCUUCUUUUUCACUUUUUCAUCUCUUCUUGGUGGUUUUGUUAUGUUGCUUCCCCAUUCACAUCCAGACCUGCGUCUAAACUUCUGAUGGUUGCACUUGGGGAGCCUAAUAGACAAUGCACAGAGGUCUCUUGAUG